AUGGGAAAACGGCAUUUCUAUGGAAAGGCUGAUGGGCUUAAGGCGAAGCAUGAUGAUAACAGUUCAGAUGAUCGAAAUGAAAGUACAACCAAGGCUGAGGAAUUACUUAAGAUGGAAGGAUCCAAAGGUAAAAAUAAAAGGAGAGAACAGUUGAGAGAACAGUUGAGAAAGCAAUAUAAAACGAAACUUAGUACUCAAAAGAAAAAGCGCCUUAACAAGUAUAUUGAGCAUCAAUUGAAAAGAGAAGAGAAAGAGAUAUUGCUGAAAAAGCUUCAGCAAACUCAAAUAGACACAUCAAUAUUAAAAUCAGCCAAGCUCAUAGGAACAGGUAGGCAGACAAAACGAGAAAAGUUAACUGAAGCACUAGAGUUGGAGAAAGAAGGUAAAGGCACUGAUGCUACACAUGAUUUGCUUUAUGAGCCACGAAAAGUAAAGACGUGGGAAAACACCGAUUUUAAUUAUGACGACGGUCGGUCACAAAUAGCAGAGCAUUCGAAAAUCAAGAAUAAAAGUAUUUUACAAGUCACGCUAGAUGAAACCGGAAAUACAAAUCAAAGUUUUGGCUUUUCUUUUUCUAACUUAACUAAGGUGAAAAAAGCAUCCAAAAAAAGGAAGUAUACUUGGAGAGCAGAGAUUGAGGCGGAGGAAGCAAAAAGGAGGAAGCACGAGGAUGAUGACGAUUUCCAAUCUAGCUCAGGUGAUGACGAUUAUGAUGAUGAUAAUAAUAAUAAUAAUAAUGGUGUUGAUGGCAGUUUGAACGGCGAUGAUAAGGUAAAUGAUGGUGAGUCAAGUUCCAGUGAGAAUACUGAUGUAAUUUCAGAAGAACCAAAGCAAAGGUUUCAUGGCGUACACACUAAGGCCGGACAAGAUUUUAAGAAAUGGGCCGAGCAACGAGCAAAACAUUCUGAAGGUAUUACUGAGAUAAAGUUGCAGCCUACACCGAAGAAUUACAAGCCGUUAGUACGACCAGAGGAUCUUGAAGAUGACCGUGAAGAAGAAUUUAUCUCAUUGAAUGAGAAUCUCAAUAGAAAGAUAUUUACUGUGGAAGUGGACAGAUCGGAAGAAAUUCAAGCUGUGAGGACACAGUUGCCUGUUUACGGAGAAGAAUAUAAAAUUAUGGAUGCAAUUCAUAAUAAUGAUUGUAUUAUUAUUUGCGGUGAAACGGGUUCAGGUAAGACCACGCAAGUUCCGCAGUUUUUAUUUGAGUCAGGUUAUGGUAGCAAAGGAUCAGAUACUCCGGGCAUGAUUGGGAUUACUGAACCCAGAAGAGUUGCUGCAGUUUCCAUGGCAAAUAGAGUUUCCAAAGAGCUUUGCAACUAUGGAAAUAAGGUAGCUUAUCAGAUCCGAUUUGAUGGUAACGUAAAAAAGGAUACUGCCUUAAAGUUUAUGACAGAUGGUGUUCUUUUGCGUGAGAUGAUGAGUGAUUUUAUGUUGAAUAAAUACUCAGCAAUAAUCAUAGAUGAGGCACAUGAAAGAAGUGUUAAUACGGAUAUUCUAAUCGGCAUGUUGAGCAGAAUUUUAAAGCUUCGAAGACAGUAUUACCAACAGAACUCGUCGAAGUGGAAGCCCCUUAAGUUAAUCAUUAUGUCUGCUACCCUAAGAGUGAAAGAUUUUAGUGGCAACAGAGUACUCUUUAAAGAAUCUCCUCCUGUUUUGAAGGUUGAUGCUAGACAGUAUCCCGUUUCGAUUCAUUUUAAUAAAAGAACUGUCUUUAAUUACACAGAGGAGGUAUUUAGGAAAACUUGCAAAAUCCAUAGGAGACUACCAAAAGGUGCAAUUUUAAUAUUCUUAACUGGUAAAGCGGAGAUCAAUGAUAUGGUGAGACGGUUAAGGAAAGAGUUCCCCUUCCCAGAAGAUAAAAAGAAGUAUUUUCAUGUUAAAAAUAAUGAGGACGAUAUUCUAGAGGUUGGAGUUUCUUCAAAAAAUGUUGCUGUUGAACAAGAGGACAUUGAUUUGGGUAUCGGAAAGAAUAUACAAGAUGUUAAGGAUGAUUAUGAUGCGAACGAGGAAGAGGAGAAUGAGGAAGGAUUUGAAGAAACCUUAGAAGAGGAUCAGACGCCAGAUGAUCCCCUUUAUGUUCUACCACUUUAUUCACAAUUGCCAACGAAAGAGCAAAUGAAAAUAUUUUCUACUCCUCCAAAAGGAUCUAGGUUAUGUGUUGUUGCCACUAAUGUUGCGGAAACUUCUUUAACUAUACCUGGAGUUAGAUAUGUUGUUGAUAGUGGUCGAGCAAAAGAAAGAAAAUACGACGAGAAAACGGGUGUACAAUCUUUUGAAGUUAAUUGGAUUUCAAAAGCAAGUGCUGAUCAACGUUCAGGUAGAGCUGGAAGAACAGGUCCUGGCCAUUGUUAUAGAAUAUAUUCUUCUGCGCUUUUUGAAAGUGAUUUUCCACAAUUUUCAACUCCGGAAAUUCUAAGAAUGCCCGUGGAAAGUGUUGUUUUAACAAUGAAAAGCAUGGGAAUUGACAACAUUAUCAACUUUCCUUUUCCUAGCUCACCAAGCCGGACAAUGAUGGAUAGGGCAGAAAAACUUUUGGGAUAUUUGGGAGCGCUAGAUACUAAAAAGCAAAUAACUGAAUUUGGUAGGCAGAUGAGUUUAUUGCCUGUGUCUCCACGAUUCUCCAAGAUGCUUUUGAUUGGAAACCAACAAGAGUGUUUGCCAUAUAUUAUUGCAGUUGUUGCUGGCCUUUCCGUGGGUGACCCAUUCUUAAAUGAAUAUGAUCUUGGAAUAAAAAUCAAUGAAAGUGGCAGAGAAAAUGACAAUGAUGUAGAUGAUGAUAAUAAAAGUGAUGAUCAUCAUUCUCAAAAUGAAACUCAGAUAACGCAAUUACAACAGGAGAAAAAAAGGCAGUUGCAGUCGAGGUUUAAUAAAUCCAGAAAGAUAUUUGGGCAUUUGGAUAAAUAUGGCGAUUCAAUCAAGCUUCUGUUUGCAAUCUGCAGUGUCGAUUAUGUCAAAGAACAAAACCGCGAUCAUUAUUACGAUCAGAACUUUUUGAACUCCAAAAUUAUGAAUGAUAUCAGGAAGCUAAGAAAGCAAUUGACAUAUAUUGUGGAUGUGAACUUGAGCAAAGAUUCAGUGGCGUCUUCCCAUGUGACAGAUGAGGGUUUAAAAUUGCCAAAGCCUUCAAAAGUGCAAAUUCAGGCUAUUAAACAAAUGAUAACGGCAGCAUUUAUAGAUCAAAUUGUUGUCAGGGCUGACAUAAUUGAAAAGGAUGUGAAGAUUGGCAGUAACACUAAGAUUAUUAACAUACCAUAUGUCACCCUUUUCCCUUCAACCGAUCCGGAAGUUGUAAAGAAUUAUGAGGGAUCCGAUGACGAAGAAUACGUUUAUAUACAUCCAUCAUCGAUUAUUUCACAGAGUGGUGACUUGCCACCAAAGUAUUUAGUCUUUCAAGCAUUGCAAUUAUCUUCGAAUGCUACUUCCUCCGGUUUCAGGAAAGUUAGAAUCAAACCUUUGAAUGACGUCACUGGGAAGGCACUUGCAAAUGUUGGUAAAAAUAGUGGCCUUGUGACUUAUUCCAAGCCCCUUGGAAAUCCCUAUGGUCCAAGAAACGUAACUCCAACCGAAAGAGUUUGCUAUGUUGUUCCGAGAUUUGGUGCCAAUAUAGGUAACAGAAGUCUCGGAUGGAAUUUGCCUGCAAUUAAAGUAAAGCAAAAGAAGGUUCAUGGUUCGUGGAUUAUAGAAUGA